GCUGGAGGCGGGAGGCGGACUCGCGGGACGCGCCGCCCCGGGGGAGCCCACGUGCCGGGCGCGGGCGGUUGAAACGGUUCUCCGGCGCGCGGCGUGGACCCCCCUGGCCCAUUAAUUGUGGACAGCAGCCUAGCUUGUGGUCAUUUGCCCUCCCUUCGGCCAGCUGCUAGGAUUUCCCUAUCAAGGAGCCUUCCCCUCAGAAUCACAGGACUUCAGGCAAGAAGUGGGGUAGUUCCUCACCACUAAAAGGUCAAAAAUUUUCCGUCUAUUUUGGGUAGAGCAAAAUAACUUUUACUAAAAUGGUGUUUUUUACGUGCAAUGCAUGUGGAGAAUCAGUGAAGAAAGGCCAAGUGGAGAAACAUGUGAACAUAUGCAAAAACUGUCAAUAUCUUUCCUGCAUUGACUGUGGCAAAGACUUCUGGGGUGAUGAAUACAAAAAACAUGUGAAGUGCAUCAGUGAAGAUCAGAAAUAUGGUGGCAAAGGUUAUGAGGUCAAAACUAGCAAAGGAGAUGUGAAACAGCAAGAGUGGAUUCAGAAGAUUCAUGAGGUGAUGAAGAAACCCAGUGUUAGUCCCAAAUUGCGGGAGAUUUUAGAAAAAGUUAGUGGUUUUGACAAUAUUCCAAGAAAAAAGGCCAAAUUUCAGAAUUGGAUGAAGAACAGUUUAAAAAUUUACAAUGACUCUCUUCAGGAGCAGGUGUGGGAUAUCUUUUCUGAAGCUACCAGAAAUGGACCAAAUACAAAAGAACAAGAGAAACAGCCUCUCAACCAGGUGGAGAAUCAGCACUCAGAAAACAAAGUCAAGGCGGCUCCCCUGGAAGGUGGUGAGAAACCAGCCGGCCACCCGGAGGGCAAGAAGAACAAAAGGGAACGCAAGGAGGAGCGGCAGAAGAGCCGGAAAAAGGAGAAGAAAGAGCUGAAGCUGGAAAACCACCAAGAAAACUCCAGCAACCCGAAAUCCAAGAAGCGCAAGAGGGCCCAGGCAGAAGGGGAUGCCGGGAGGGAAGAGAAGCCAGAAAUCAGCAAUGCAGAAAAGCGGAAAAACAAGAAGAAAAAAGCCAAGAAGGAGUGCGCACCGGACGCCGAGGUGAAUGGCGAUGGAAGUCAGGACGGCGAGAGGAUGGCGGAAGAGGCUCCCAGAGGGCCCGAGAAGCGGAAACGGAAGCACUCGGAAGAAGAGGCUGAUUCCAAGAAGAAAAAAAUGAAACCCGCAGAAGAGGCGAGCGUGGGGGCCGAAGAGGCCGAAGCACCCGUGAAAGGGAAAUUCAACUGGAAAGGAACUAUCAAAGCUGUUCUGAAACAAGCUCCGGACAAUGAAAUAUCGGUUAAAAAACUAAGGAAAAAGGUUUUAGCGCAAUACUACGCCGUGACCAGCGACCACCACAGAUCGGAAGAGGAGCUGCUCGGCAUCUUUAACAAGAAGAUCAGCAAGAACCCCACUUUUAAGCUCUUAAAGGAAAAAGUCAGACUUUUGAAAUGAACACCUUCCUCCUUCCUUCAGGAAUGCCCUGCGCUCCUGCCUCCGCCAUCCAUCACGAUUUGUAAAACUGUUGGAGAAUUUGACAGCUACUCCCAUUUCGUGUUGUUGUUAUUUUUUAAAUGUUAAGGAAAAUGUAUAUUUUUGGUAGAGCUUUUAACUGAAAAUAAAGAUAAUUGCUGGCCACUCUUCUAAA